AUUGCCCUUCCCCCUCUUCCAAAGCUGCACAACUCAGGCCACUUGUAGUGGUUGGGUUUGUUACCCAUUGUCUUGGUGGUUGGGUUUGUCACCCGUUCUCAUGGACUGAGCUGCAGAUUUUUAAGACGUUUCUGCUCUGGGUGACCAAGCUACUCUUUUGUAGGAAAUCACCACGGCAGAGCAAGCAGGAUUAAAGAGUGUGGCUUUGGCUGGGCAGCCAGGCUGGGGAGGAGGGCCUGAGGCUGGACUAAGGGUCUGUGCAGCUCUGGGCUGCUGGCUGUGAUGUCUGGCAUUCCUGCACUGGACAGUGCCGAGGCAAUGAGCGCUCAAACAAAAGUGGGGUGUUUCAAGCACAGAUCAGCUCCAGGUUUUCAGUUUUCCCUGAGAUACACGUGGACAAUACUCAAGAGGGAUUUUUGUCAGUCCUUCUGGCUGGCUGAUCAGCACUUGCCGGUCUUCAUUGUGCUGGUUUUGGUGCAGGGCUUGUGUUUUGCAGGCAAUGAGUGGCAACGAGGAGGACUGGCUGGCUCUCAGACCCCAGGAACCUUCUCCAUCCCAGUGCUGCGGCGGCGGCUGCAAACCCUGCAUCUACGACCUGUACGAGAAGGAGCUUGCACAAUGGGAGAGGGCCAAAGCAAAGCAAGACAAAAGCCUUCUCACGGAAAAGAGGGAGCAGAGCAGUAAUUCAGUGCUGAAUCCAGAUACAUUCACUGCGUUCAGCGUGAGCUCGGUGGAGCAGCUGACAGAGGACACCUACCAGUACAAAUUUGAAUUACCGGGAAACAGCAGCUUGCAAUUGAGUUUAGGACAACAUAUCGUGUUAAGGGGAAUAGUGAAUGGUUUGGAGGUCCAGCGAGCCUAUACUCCGAUCAGCCCUGGGAAUGCAGAAGGUUACUUUGAAGUUCUAAUUAAAUGCUAUGAAGCUGGGCUGAUGUCACAAUACAUAAAAACGUGGAAAAAAGGAGACGUGGUCUUUUGGCGUGGGCCGUUUGGAGGGUUCCCAUACCGACCUAAUAAGCAUGGAGAACUCCUCAUGCUGGCUUCUGGCACUGGCCUUGCACCAAUGCUUCCCAUCCUCCAGUCCAUAACAGAUGAUGAAGAGGAUGAAACCUUUGUAACUCUUGUUGGCUGCUUCCCUACCUUUGACAAAAUUUAUUUGAAACCUCUUCUGCAGGAUCUGGCUCGAUACUGGAACAUCAGAAUAUUUUAUGUCCUAAGCCAGGAAACUUCAUUGGAGAAACUUCCUCGGAGCUAUCAAGAAAACACAUAUACUGGUCGUCUCAAUGAAGACUUGAUGAAGACAAUAAUAAAUUCCUGUCGAAGAAGGCCAUUUGUAUUAAUCUGCGGCUCUUCUGCAUUCAAUGAAGAUAUGACUAGAUACUUGAAAGCAGCAGGAAUUGAAGAAAAUUCCUGUUUUGUCUUUUAGCUGGAUAUUCCUGACCUCAGGAACCUUGAGGGUCAGGAGCGUCGGACGUCCUUGUUUCUCUGCAGACAUUGCACAAAAUGGGUCAGCUCUGUAGACUGACUUCCUUGGACAUCCACCUUCAUAGGCCUUUGGAUCAACUAUUUGUCUCCAGUAUGAGUCUCAUUAUUGAGUGUUUUAAGGAAUGGGUGCCAUUCCAGAGUGGCUUCUACAAGGUGUGCCACCCACACCUCAGGGAACAGUGUGGUAAUUUUAAUGGAAGCCUUCAAGUGCAAUUUUUAAGAGAGAGAUCUCCUAAGGGGGGGUUACUAAAAAUCAUCUACGUACAGCUCUGCUCUAAAAUGAGGACCAGUGACUUGCAUUGCAAUCCAUGUUACUCUGCAGUGGUAUUGUGCCCUCUUAGAUGUCCAGAGGAGAGAUGUCAUCCUCAGGGAGAAGCCAAGGGCAGAGCACUAGCCUGGCAGUCUGGAGUCUGUGGGCUUCAUUUUGGUUCUGUCAUGUGCUGGGUGAUGUCAGGCGAGUCACUCCAACCUCUCUGUGCCUCAGUUGCCCCAUUAUACACUAAUACAGAGAAGGUGGCACUGCUUUUCUCUCAAAAGCCUUUCCAACCAUAUAUGGAAAAACUGUCCAUAAGGAUGGAUAGUGAUGCCCAGUGAGGACUUAGCAGGCUAAGCUCCUGCCCUGGCAUAGCCUGCAUUACCUGCCCUGUCCUUAACCCUUGAAAUACUGACUGGGAAGACAAAGAAUGUGUCCUAAAACUGAGAACACAGCUAGGUUGUGGCUGCUACUUGUCAGGGAGGAUGGUUGUUUGCUCUCCGUGUCCCCUAAGUGUUGUGCCAUAGCCCUGGCUCAUUAAAUUGAACCUCUCUUCAAAUAAACAGCUGUUUGUUUUUGUCACAGGACUCUCAUAGGUGCCCAAGGGGGUUCCCUAAGCACACAGGAGCACCACUUGAGGAGUGAAAGCUUCGGGGGUUCUGCUGGCAUGCUCCUCUGGGGUUAGAGAGCAGAGCCAAGGACCUGCCUAAAGGAAGGCAGCCUGGCACAGCCCCCAGCCUGGGCACCUGCUCCCCAUCCUCCUCUUUUAGUCCAAAAUGCUUCUGCUUUCCCUCCAAGGUAUGUGCUGUCUACUCUUUUACCUUCUUAGAUCACUGUGUUUACUAUCAAUGCCUGGAAAUACAACCUUUCUGCACA